UGAUUGCCCCGCUAAAACUAGAUUCUACACCCCUCCUCCCUCCCUCAUCUGGAUUGAGGCGCCGUAUUUGUCCAAAUAGACCACCACCAACCCAGUCAUAUUGGUGGCAUUGACUCACAGACACCACCUGGUGCGCAUUCUCUUUUCCACCAGCCUGGGGACAUAUAUUUACCGGGGAAAUAUCAACCACAUCCGUCAGCUCCGCUUGCCCAAGCUCAGCCUGCCGCCAAUACCCCUCCCUCCAUUCCACACAGACCUUGACAGGAUAGUAAAAAUACUGACGCCCUCACGACUAUGUCUCAACUCACCGUUGCAGCUAAGGCAAACAAUGCCUUCCUUCUUCCAACACUCCUCGCUAUCAACUAUGUCAAGCAGAUCCUCCCAGGCACUGACAUCACCGUGGGAUUCGAGGAUGCCGAAGCCAUCGGAUCCCAGGGUGCAAAGCUGGAGCUCAAGACAGACGAUGGGAAUACAAUUUACGACGAUGAUAUCCUAACACAUCUGGAGAAUAUCUAUGAACCUCUGCAGACUGGGAACAAGGAGCAGGUUGAUGAGUGGCUGAAGCGAUCAACUACUUUGAGGCCAUUGGAUUUCAAAGCAUUGGACCAGCCCUUGAAGGAGCUCGAUUCCCAUCUUACCCUGCGAUCGUACAUUGUUGGCUAUUCUCUUACCCUGGCAGACCUUGCCGUGUGGGGAACGCUUCGUGGAAAUAGAAUUGCUAUAUCAGGCAUUAGAAAGGCCGCAACACAAACCAGCCGCUGGUUUUCAUUUAUCGAAACUGCCUACCCUUGGGUGACUAUCGCCGUGGCUGAGUUGAGUGCCAGUGCCCAGAAAAGAAAGGCUGCUGCAAGUGCCGCUGGUGCAAGCUACAACAUUGGCUUGCCGAAUGUGGAGAACGGAGUGGUGACCCGGUUCCCGCCAGAGCCAUCUGGAUACCUACAUAUCGGACAUGCCAAAGCAGCGCUUUUGAACGAUUAUUUCGCCCAUGAACAAAACAAGGGCACCCUGAUUUGCCGAUUCGAUGAUACCAAUCCUUCCAAGGAAAAUCAGGAGUUUGAAGAUGCGAUCAAGCAUGAUUUGUCCCUGUUGGGUAUUUAUCCGGACAAAACCUCUUUCUCCAGUGAUUAUUUCCAAGAAAUGUACGAGUACUGCAUCAAAAUCAUCAGCGACGGCAAAGCCUACGCUGAUGAUACUGAGAAAGAGGUGAUGCAGGAUGAGCGGUUUAACGGCAUUGAGAGCAAGCGCCGUAACGAAAGCGUGGAGGACAACCUGGCACGGUUCGCUGAGAUGAAAACCGGCUCAGUGGAAGGUCAGCGCUGGUGUAUCCGUGCAAAGAUCUCGGUUGACGACUUGAACAAAGCGCUCAGAGACCCGGUCAUCUACCGCUGCAACAUGGAGCCGCACCAUCGGACUGGCAGCACAUGGAAAAUCUAUCCGACAUACGAUUUCUGUGUGCCUAUCCUGGACUCCUUGGAGGGCGUGACCCACGCACUGCGGACUACUGAGUAUGGUGAUCGAAACGCACAAUAUGCCUGGAUGCAGGAGGCUCUUGGCAUUCGCAAAGUCCAUAUCUGGGACUUCUCGCGCGUAAACUUCAUUCGUGCGGUGCUGUCGAAGAGAAAGCUGACGAAGUUGGUCGACGAGGGAGUUGUCUGGGGUUGGGACGAUCCGCGCAUGCCUACGAUCCGGGGUAUCAGACGACGGGGCAUGACCGUACCAGCCCUGCGCGAAUUUAUCCUCAAGCAAGGCCCAAGCCGAAACGUCGUGAACCUUGACUGGACUCUUUUCUGGGCGACUAACCGCAAGUAUAUCGAUCCUGUGGCCCCACGCCAUACCGCCGUUGACAAGCAGGACAUUGUCCCGGCUACCGUCAGCGGGGCUGAUGGUGUGCAAACCGCCGAUAAACCAAAGCACGGCAAGAAUGCCGAGCUGGGCACCAAGAAGGUAAUCUACAGCCCUAAAAUCAUCCUCGACCAGGCCGACGCCGCCUCGUUCAAACCAGACGAAGAGAUCACCCUGAUGAACUGGGGCAACGCGAUCGUGCGCAAGAUCAACAGCGACGCGGCCACGGGCAAGAUCACCAGCCUCGAGCUAGAACUGCAUCUGGCCGGCGACGUCAAGAAGACGGAUAAGAAGGUUACGUGGCUGGCACAGGAGGGCCAGGACCUCGUCCCCGUCGAGCUGGUGGACUUUGACUAUCUCAUCACCAAGGACAAGAUUGAGAAGGAUGAGGACAUCCAUGACUUCUUGACGCCGCAGACGGAGUUCCGGUCUGAAGCGUUUGCGGAUUGCAAUGUAGCGGGGUUGGCGGAGGGGGGUAUUAUUCAGUUUGAGCGGAAGGGAUAUUUCAGGCUGGAUCGGCCGUAUAAGGAUGGGAAGCCUGCUGUUUUCUUUAACAUCCCCACUGGCAAGACAGGAUAGUGUUCUUGCUCGAUUGGCAAGGGGCACGGGACCCUGCGGAAAUGACAAGGAAAUGAAACAAGGUCGAUAGCUUUUUUGGGUGUUAUUUAAUCAAUGUUACAUCUGACAGAGAAUAAAAUAAAGACAAUAGGCAAAAGCAAUGUGAAUAUUGAUAAUAAUGAGAAAAAUAUAAUUCAUUCCUUUCUUACCCAA